AUGAGAUUCUCCGCCAUCAUCUCGGCCCUGGCCCUUGGAGCCGCCGCCGCCGCUGUUCCCACCGAGGUCAGCGCUCGCGAGAUUGCCGCCCGCGAUGAGUGCAGUAACUCCGGAGGCAGCCUUCUCUGCUGCAACGGCCUUCUCAACUGUCUUCUCUCAGUUCUCGGUGAGACAUGUGGGCAAGAGACCUACUGCUGCGGCAUCGGAAACAACGCUGGCAACGGCGCAAUCGUUUUCAACAACUGCAACCGCCUUCUGUAA